CUCGGAAAUGUCAUUUUUGGACUUGAGUGAAAACUUGAGCAUAUCGAGCUGUAGCGGUGGAGCGGUUUAGAGUUGAAAUUUAGGGACGGAAUGGCCAUAAGAAAGCACUAAAACAGGAGGCGGGAGGAUGUCUGUGGAGGUAGACUUGUUGCUGCAGGAGGCCAAAGAAAGCAUCGAGGCGGCCCAGAACUAUCGCAGUGAACUCCAGCAGAGGCUUCAUGGCCUCAACCAGGCCCGCAAACAGGUCCGGGGCAGUUCAGGUCAGGCCCGUGAGAACCUCCGCAGACACUUUGCGGAGCUGCAGGUGGCAGCGACUCGGCUGCUGAAUGAGCGCCUGGCCGUCCUCCUGGCUGAGGUGGACGCCAUCGAAGCUGACAGCAUCAAGCCACUGGACGACUGCCAGAGCCUCAUCGAACAUGGCGUGGGCCAGGCUGACGAGCUGCUCAGAGAAGGGGAAGCAGCCUUACGUUGUGGUCUGGGGGAGAAGGAGGACAAACUGGGCAGUUUCACCAAGAAGGCACUCCACAUCCAGCUGGACAGUCUGCCUGAGGUUCCGGCGCUGGUGGACGUGCCCUGUGUCUCCGCCCAGCUUGAUGACUCCCUGCUGGUCCUGCUCAGGGACCGGGUGUCCCGCCAUGGCUCCGUCUCCUCCCACCCUCCGGUUCAGAUUGAGGAGCUGCAGGAGAGACCAGGCGGCAUCCUGGUCCGCUGGUGUAAGGUGGAUGAGGACUUCGCUGCAGCUGAUUAUCGGCUGCAGAGCCGGCGGUCGGGCAGCGGGGGGAGCCAGUACGAGGACGCCUACAUUGGCCGAGACACUGAGUUCCUGGUCCUCCAUUUAGACCCCCACACAGAUUAUCUGUUCAGGGUCUGCGCCCGCGGGGAGGGUCGCACCGAGUGGAGCCCCUGGAGCAUCCCCCAGACGGGGUACACCACCCUGGCAGCACAUGAGUGGAGUCCUGGUACUGAUGGCUUCAUCCUGAGCAGCCGGAGAAACAUCGCGCUGCGUAACGAUUCGUCGCGCUGCUCCGUCCUCUACUCCAAAGCUCCCACCUACUUCUGUGGCCAAACACUCACCUUCAAGAUCUCUGCCGCUGGUCAGAUGGAUCGCAGAGACACUCUAGGCGUGUGCGUGGACAACGAGAGGGGGGCGGAGUCACUGCAGAGAGACCAGGCCGUUUGCAUUUCCACCAAUGGUGCUGUGUUUGUCAACGGUAAAGAGAUGACCAAUCAGCUGCCGGCGGUCACCGUGGGCUCCUCCGUGACCUUUGACAUGGAGGUGGUCAGUCUGUUCCCCGUCAGCAACAACAACCUGAGCGACGGCGCCACCUUCAAGCUGAGGGUGACGAUCGGCUCAGGGAACCGGGAGGUGGUGUUCGACUGGCUGCUGGACCAGGCCGUGGACUGCCUCUACUUCGGCUGCUCCUUCAUCCACUCCGGCUGGAAAGUCCUCGUGUUUUAGGGGAUCCGUCGCAGAUCGGACACCCUGGCGUUUGGCUCAGAAAUCUGUGGCUUAAAACCUAGAAACAAAACAUUUUCUCCACAUUGGCAGUUCCCAAAACCAGACACAGAAACGGGACGAACGUGAGGUGCGUCUGGAAAACGAACAGAUCAGUCGUCUCAGACCCAGAUACCACGCUUUAAUCCAGACAGCCCCAAAAUGUGAUGCCAUCAGGUCACUGCCAUCAUUCUAUAUCCGUCAGAUCCACACGGGUUGAUCAGAAAUUCAUGACAAAACAAAGGACUAAACCAAGAUACAUCCACAUGUGUUUCCUUAGUUUGUGUCUUGGACCCAGCAAUGUCUUUUCCUCUAAACGUUUCUGAUUGAAAUGUCACCCUUAGGCUGAGUGGAGGAACUUUAGUUUGGUCAUUAAAUGCAAAGUUCACACUGCAGGUCUUACGCUGCCUUUAUGUGCUAUGGGAAUUGUCAUAACUACUACUUAUUUUUGACCCAUGAAUUCCCCCUAUUUUCCACUGGAGAACUGGGAAAAAACGUUAAUACACAAGUUGCAGAGAUGAAAAUAACCUUUGACCUUUUCAACAUAGUGGAGAGCAAUGAGGGAUUUAUCGCAAAUGAUAAACAGUGCUGUUGUUAAUGUUCUGCUGCUGUUAGCUGAUGGUUUGGCAUAUGUAUAGCAUACACAGUUUGCAAAAAAAUGCUGGAGCAGAUGAAUUAACACAUCCAAAUCUGUUUUACCCGAGUAGCAGGUCACGAUAAAUUGUGUGUCAGCCAUUUUUCAUUUCUUUUCAACAACAAAAACACUUGAACACAACACACUCAUAAUUUGGAAUUCUCAAGUGGAAAGGAUCAUCUUCCCGAUAGCACCUGAAGGCAGCAUUAACACUCAGUUCCAAUUUUUUGCUGAAAUCCCUUUUUUUUUUUCCGGGGUUGUUCACAUUAGAAUGUAAAUGUGAUGCCAUCAGACUCAUAUGUGAACAGUCUAUGGUCCUGAAGUGACCCAUAUGCAUCACACUAUGUUUAAGGAAGUAAAUAUAGAUGUUACAGAACCGGGUCCCGCCCCCUCCAGUGCAGAAUUGUGACUUUUGUUGCAUUUCCAUGAUGUAAAAGUGAUUAAAAUGUGACAUGAUCGUUAAGACUGAAGUCACAUUGCAAAACAUCAGAUAUGUAUUUGAUUUAGGAACACAUAGGAAAGCGUCCUCGGUCUGAUUUGGAAAAAAAAAUUGGAUUUGUGUUGUUUAGACUGUCAUAAGAAAACAGAUAAUGAGCCAUAUAUGGGCAAAAAAAGUCAGAUUUGGGUUAUUUUUACCUACAGUGUGAACAUAGCAUAAGAGAUGUGUCUUGGUCAAAAAAAUCCCUUGUCAAAAACUCUUGUAUUUUGGAUCCCUGUUGAUGGGGAUUAUGUCCUAAAAAAAAAUUCUUGUUGUUUUAGGUCAAAGGUCAAGCUCCGAAAAAUUUUUACAUAAGGUGGGAUUUGUUGAUAUGAAAAAAAAAAAAAUCAUACUGUGGUUAAACCUCAUCUAAUUUUAUUCUAAUGUAACUCGUUCAUGUACAGUGUUUGUACAAAGUUUGACACUGAAAGGUCAAAGGUCAGUUUUUCCUCAUAUUUACAGAUUUCCGAGGAAUCUCUAAACAGCACGAGGUCUGACAGUGACAUUUCAAUCCUAAAUGUUAAACAAGGAUCAUCAGGACUCCCAGUAGAUUCUGUUUUUUGUUUUUGUUUUUUUUAACCGUAGAUGAAUCUCAGUUAGCAGCGGCUCUGUUCUCCUUGUUGCUAUGGUAACGGAGGAUGCCCAGAAACUUUCUCAGGUUCCCAUUGAAAGGUUUUUAGUUUGUACGUCUGUGUAGACUCCUGAUUAGAACUGUACCUCCAUGCUGACAUCUAGACAUAAUUUUACAUUUCUAGGCUCAGAUUAUGGCUGAGUCAUUAUUUUUGGCAGCGUGAGUUGAUAAAUGUUACGUCAUUAUUUCAUUCUGGUUUAAAGGCUGAAUUUUGGUCCAUAUAUCAUCAUAUUUUGGGCCAAACUGUGAUAUCUACAUACAAUGAAGCAGCAGUGUUAGGGGAGUAAAGUCAAGCAGAUAUCACAAUUUGGCCAAAACUUUGAUUCAGGCAAUUGUUCUAUGAGGCUAACAAUAUGUAGGUGAUGUUGUGAUGUUUAGAACUCGAGUGUUAAUCGAGUUUCAUCGGCUCAGUCUGACAGGGAAAAAGUAACCGAUGUUUCUCGAGCCGUUCAAGUUAAAACCAGCCUUCGGUUCAGUUUCAUGAAGACUCAGAGCAACGACAAGGCUCACAGAUGUGUUUUUAGUCGAUUUCAGGCGACAGAUAAGCUCCACGGAUCAGAUAAAUUAGAUAAACCGGGUUCCAGAUGGUGUCUUUUGGAUGAAUUCCGCUGUUUCUUUUUCUUGACGACAACAAAAUGAUACUAAAAUUCUUCAGUAUCAUCUCAGACUGGUUCAUCCUGCUGCUGCUGAACCCGUUUCCUCCGGAGUAAAAAAAAAAAAAAAAAAACUGCAGCUUUGAUUUGCGAAGCUGCAGUUCCUGGUACAAGACGAGGAUGUAAAACGGAUCAGAUGCCGCUGCAGUAAAUGAGGACACACAAUUUCCUGCAGCAGAUGAAAAACCAGUCUCCUGAUUGGUUCAUUGUUCACGUCCAUGUGUGAUUCUUUUGCGAGAAAUACCUACGAUGCUGCGUCUUUGUAAACUGUAUCAGAGUGAAAUGUUUGGAUCUUCAGGGAGCGUCGCUGGAGGAUUUUUACAUCUGUUGCAUCUUUGGUUUGAUUCCCAGAAUGUCUUAGACUCUGUUUACAGCUUUAUCUAUGCAACCUGUAACUCACUUUGAUGCCUUACAGAAGGAAAACACAACAUAUCACUGUCUCUAAUUCACAUGUUUGUUUUAGUUCUUUAGCCACAGCCUCUUUAAAUGUUGUUAUUAUUAUUAUCUUAACAAAAAUCCUGUCACUGUGAACAAGAUGUUGUAUUUUUUUUGGCAGGUAACAGACAUGUUUCUGCCUGUUUUUCCGGGGUUAUUUUGACAUUUUGAGGGAAUUUCUGAGCCUUAAUAUCACCCUGUUUGAAGCUGUUACGAUGAACGUUUCCCUUUUUGCAUCGACAAUCCACACAGUAUUCCCUAACGCUGCUGUUCGAGCAGGAUUUUAUGUGUUUGAGCUGUAAAUUGAAAUGAGGUGAUUCCGCUGAUCCUCGAGUGUCAUGUAGUCCCGUUUACAACGACUCGUAUCGUUAUGUGGCCGAUUUUCACUCUGUUCAAUAAGAAUGGGAUUAAAGUGAGGACAUGGUUUAAUCUGGUUUGUGGUGGUUUUAAUAGAACGUAUAAAUUAAGAUUAAACCGUUAUUUAUAGUGUUAAAAUCUAAUAAACAGCAACUAACUGCUCA